AUGAUUCUGGUAUUUGGCCUACAUGUUUUCUCUGCGACAGCUCUGCCCCUGUUUCUAUUUUUCUCCGAGAUUGUCAUCAGUUCUCUUACAGAUAUCCUUUGGCCUGAUCGCCAAUUCGAUGGUACAGCUCACGAUCACCCAAUCCUUCAAGGCUACCUUCACGAGUCAAGGCGUCCGGCCAGCGAUGGACGCGACAAGCCAGAACAGGGCCCGAACCCACGACCCGCUGGUGGUGGGCGGAAAGUCAUACUGGCCAACUAUGGAGCAGACCGGCCCCACCAACUACAGCCUUACAGAUGGUCUGGCCGGUUGACAACAUUCACCUCCUCGACUGGCCAAAAAUGGAGAGGCCAGCUCACUUUUGGGAUAGUCUCCCAGCUACGCUCAUGGAACAGCCACACAAAGUAUUCACCCAUGCAGAGAAGUCGCCUCAAUAUUGAGGCAAAACGGGAGCCUGUGGACGGCAUGCCAAAUACGGCCUUGAGAGCGUAG